ACCGGCUGCGUUAGUCAAUCGGUGUCCGACCGAAACGAAAGAUCUCACAUUGGCCAAGGAAAAUUCUACGAAAGAAUCGUUAGCAUUUCCGCAAAUGCCAUUAGUUUUAUUUUAAGUAGAGGAAAAUCGACAACAAUAUACGACUAAGUAACGGAGAAUCUCACUCGCAAGAACAGACGACGAAUCUACGAAAUCAGGAGUUUAUCAAUUGAAAUAGAUAAUAAAUUGCAACGAGUUGAAGAGAAGUUCAGUAAACUAAACGAUAGUAAAAUUAAGUCAUUGCCUUAAACCGAAACAAAAGUUCUACGCCUAACGGUUAUUGUAGUAAAUGUCAAUAUAUAAGCAAAUCACUAAAUUUAAACGAAUACCACCGUAAAGAAAAUAGCAAAUACGCACCUCAAAUAUAGAUAAAUAUAUGUACGUGUAUAUGGAUUAAGCGUGCUCCAAUGUAACAAUCAUUAAAUAUUAAACAGUUAACAAGUGUAAUAAUCGAAUAACUGCAAUAUAAAGGACACAAAAAACAGCUAUUGAACAAAAUAAUAACACUUUAGUUAAUUAGUGAAAAACACACAUACAUAUACUCGCAUAUUGUAUAUAAACGCUUAGAAUUGAAUUUGAAUCCUGUUAGUAUGUGUACAUAUGUCGAGAACAUUGCGACUAAUUGAGUAAAUUUAUAUCGUGACGUCACUUCCGCUAUUAAUACGAAUAUAAAUGUUAAAAAGAAAUCGCCUGUGCGCGUAUCAUUCUUCGUACACUGCGAAAAACACUGCUUCAAUUGUUUCCAAAUGAAAAUAUUGCGAACUUAGCGACAUAAGCGAUACAAAGGAAAUUGAUAAAAAAGGAGAUUAAUGCAUACGGAAGGAAAUCUCUUAAACUGAAAGCAAUUUUAAAUAGUGAAAAGGUCAAGAAAUAAAAGUAAAAUUUGAUACAGUGCCUUAACCAUAUAGAGUGAGUGGAUUGUAACAGCUCGAGAAACGAAGAGCCGAUAACUAGCAUAAGGAUUUAAAAAGUUUUGAUAAAACGAGUUUAAGGAAUCCCACGAAGUGCCAUUUAGAAUUGUAAGCGGAUAAUUGAAAGAUAUCGCCAAUCUGAGACCAAAGAAUCUGAGUCCAUACAGCGUAAAUACAAAGAUAGUAAAAGAAGAAUCGGAAAGAGCUGUUAGGCUGAAAAUUCUUUUUUAUAUUAAAGAGGAAGAAGCAGACAAUAACUUGAAGCACCAAGAAACCUGCGAAGCAUUUGAUUAAUAUUUAUAUAUUUAAUAUAAAAAUAACUAGCUCCACUGUGAGAUAGAAGCACUUGCAUUCUCACCCUCUUAUUGAGGAGAAAAAAUAUACACACUAUUGAUAUUUGUAUGCACUGCAUCGUCAAAUUGCUAAUUUGGAGAUUUGAUCGCUUGAAUAGAAGCAGCAGUAAUCUAAUUAAAACCAAAAUAAAUAAGGAGAACCUUUCGUAUGGUCGGACUUACCACAAUUUUAGAAUUUAGUAGACAUAAUUGUAUACAAAAGUAGUUUCGAAAUUCAUACAUAUCACGAAUUGUAUUCUUGUAUGAAUUAAAUAUGGCAGAUAAACAUAUAAAAACGACCUCUAGCAGCGUGUUAGAUGAAAAGAACGACAGAAAACAAGCUACAAAUACGUUAGCGACGUCCCAGUUGCCCGGCGACGUCGCCUGCGGUAGCGCGCAUCCCAGAAAUGUGCAAAUCCUUACGAAGUUGGCCAAUACUUUGAGCGAAAGCUCCCAACUGGUCAAGCAACGACAACAGAAAUACAAAGAGCUGAGCUCCAAAUUGGGGGGAGCGGACGCACCACAGCUCAUAGGCUACACCCAAGAUUGUGACGAUGGCAGCGCCGGCGAGUGGCAGGAAGUGAAGAAUAAGCUGAAGCGCAAGAAGAAGCUAUCCACUUCAUUGACAUCCGUAAGCGACUCGGUAAAUCAGGAGAAGCGCACCCGUAUAGAGGGGAUUCAACUGAAUUGUCGUGGCAAGUUACAUAUCACCGAGCUACCGACGUCAGUACCACAAUCAGCCACACGCAGUUAUGUCAGCGCUGGGGUGGCACAGCGCGCCGAACGCUGGGGUGGGGCGAAAUCGUCCCCCACAACCACGAACAGUUCGACACAUAAACAGAUGAACACUAACAGUGCUGCGACGACGCAGGCGGCGAGUCCGACCACGGCUGUCGGAGCCACAGGUAUAUCAGUGCCACCACCGCGUCUCAAACGGAAGCUGCAGGAAAAUGUGCAGACUAUACAAAAGCUAAAUGCGCUCACCGAGCAGCUGAGGCUGGAGAUCAAUGAACUGAAGUCGAGCUUAACAACUGAGCGUGGCGCUGUUCGUGUAUUGCGUGCACAAAAUGAAUCAGAGACGAGAAAAUGGAAAAAUGAAGUCAAGAGACUACAAAAUUCCCUAGAGAUCUUGAAAAAGAACAGCACUUUGCCGCUGAUCGGUGCCAAGAAAGCGACAGACGCAACCAAUGAAAACAUACCAAAUACUUCCAUAGCUGGCAAUACAACCAACUAUGAAGUGCAAAGACUGACAAAUGAAGUUAUCGCGCUGAAAGAAGCGAAUAGAGCCUUAGAAGAGAAGAAAAUGAUCAAUGGCGACGCUGAUAGACGUAAAGCAGCUGAUAUGCGCACAUUGAAAGACACCUACGAAAUCCGAUUGACUCAAUUAACAAAAUCUGCCAAAACUGAAAUUUCACGUCUGCUGGAGGAAAUAAAAACCAAAGAACGUAAUAUAGGGCAACUUAAAAAAGAAAUACAAACACUUCAGAUACGGCCGCAGAGCCAGACUGAAGUGAAGAGCAGAAAUGCAACGAACAAUACACAAACAACGAAUAAAACGACGAAACCAAAGAGAAAUAAUAAUAACAAUAAAAUGAAAACCAAAUCUAUAAAAAAUAGUUUAAACGAAACUAAUGCUUCCGCUUCCGCUUUGACGAAAAAGUCGGAGGACAGUAAGGAUACAACCAGAGGAGAGGCUCAACAUCCAAAUGAGGUGAAGAAUCUCAAGGACAUUGAGCUGAUCAACAAUUCAAACAUUUUUAUACAAAAUAAUAUUAACUCGACGACGCCGACUACGGACGUAACAGGAGAUAACUCAGAAGCGGCAAAUGCUAACAGAAUACUCACUCAUUCGCAGAGCAAUCUCAAAUCGCAAUCAUUGCGAAAUGUUAGUUUUAAUUUAAAUGUAAAUGUCGACGAGGAACAAAUUCACAACAACAUUAACUCAACGCCAUCCAUUAACUCACCAACCACAACAACCACGCAUAAUGAUAAUUGUAAUGACUUACUAAAAACAACAACAACAACAACAGCGUUAGCAACAGCAAUAUGCACACCAUUCGCAGCGUUGCAGUCGCUUGAAUCAGCGGCGACCGAAGAGGACCAUAUUCGGCAAAUAGAAGCAAAUACAACAAAUUCGGCAACUAUAGACAAUAUGUGUACAACAACAACAGUCACUUCAACAACAACACAAACAGCGAACGCAGAUGAGCGACGCCACAACGACAGAAUGCACGACGACAGAAUGAAGGAUAAUAAUUCCGAUUCGGACUCAGCAUUAUCUUCCGCCCCGCCAUCGAUAAGCCCACAGCCGCCACCAGCGGGGCUGGACACUGCCGAUAUCUGGCAAAUGAUCCGCACCUACAGCACCGACUUGCAGAAGCUGCAGAAGGACAAUGAAAUACUGCAGAAGGAAAAUGAGCACUUGCAUGCGGAAUUGAAUUUGGCAAAGGAGCAUAUUCUCGAUGCGGAAAAGUCCAGCUUGGAGAUGAAUAAUAAUGCGGCAUUACAACAACUUAUGGCGCGUAUCAAGCAACUGGAGGAGCAAGAGCAUCAGCUGAGCACGGAGGCGGACGAGUUGCGGGAGCAGAAUGAGCUGCUCGAAUUCCGUAUAGUCGAGCUGGAGGAGACUAACGACAAGUGGUCACUGCAGAGCCAUGCCACCAGUCCCACAACUACAGACAAGUCACAAACAGUCACAGCUCCCACAGCAACGAAUAUUUGGACAAGUGGGGAAGAUCCCAUGCAGAUGAUCUUCGGGAAAUGUGGCGAUGGAGGCGCAAACAAGACCUCUGGCUUUGCGUCGUCACAUAGUCAGCAGCUUAACGAAGAUGAAGCUAAUUUAACGGAUCCCGCCAAUGAAGAAUUCCGCCAUCGAAUCACACAAAUGCUAAGGAAGUAUUCGCUGGAUAGCGACGACAAACACUGCCUGCAACAGCUGAUUCAAUUGGUGCAACAUUUGGAUUUGAUGGCGCAGCGUAGCGAACCAAACUCCUUGAAUACGGCAUCGUGCUCCAGCGACGAAACCAGCAGUUUGGAAUUGGUAAAAUCGCGUAUAUCGGAUUACAGCUCAGCAUCAUCGGCGUCAAGUGCUCGAUCCACGCAUGAAGUCAGCUGCAGCAGCAGUAGCAAUUCAAUUACAAAAUCGGCCACAAAACCUGCUGUACCUGCCACAUCGCCUUCCAACGCAGCUCGCAUAGUUGCCACAGUUUCGCCCUACAACAGUUCACCCCAGCAUCAGAUAGCAUACAACAAUAACAAUAGUAGUUGCAAUCAACUGGUGCCCACCAAUACACCAACAGAUUCACCACGGAAAUCUCGCCAAGCCUGGCAGAGUAACAGCCUUAGUGAGAGUGGGGUAUUUGUUGAGUCUGAUUUCUUGAGCGACGUAAGUGAGAAUAACGUUUGUACUCAGACCGACUUCGAGGACGAGAGUGCUGUCACCCACGCUGCACGGGAUCUCUGCAACGAACUACAAAAACUCCAGUGUACUGAUUCGACACGCAAAAGCGGGGUCGCCAAUUUACCUGCCCGUUCACCGAACACCUCUCAGUACUCCCCCAAUUUAAGCGAGCAAAAGCAAUUGCAGUAUUACAAGGAACGCUUGGCGCUUCUGGAAAGCAAAGUACUCAUAUAUGAGAGUUCUGGCGAUUUACAGAACAAACGGUUAGCUGAUCGGCUGCAACGAGAGAUUUUAUUAGAGAAGGAAUUGAAAGAGCUUAGAGACCGCGUCGAAUUUUUAGAAAGUGAGAAUCUAACACUCGAGGAAGAAAAGUGCGAAUUCGAAGAGGCUGAAAACGACACCCGUUUACGUCUUCAACGGCUGGAGGUGGAGCUGGAAAUACUCAGUCAACGGAACGUUGAGCUUGAAAUGUCCAGAGAGGCACUAAGUGCCAAGUAUAAAGACUGCCGCUCUGAGUGUUUGAUUCUACGCGAAGAUUUAGGCGUUAGUGAGACGCAGAUUCGUCAUAUUGAAGAAGAUAAACAGAAAGCCAAAGAAAAUCUUGAAAUACUACACAAUUUGUUACCCUUAAUUGUGGCCUAUUACACCACCGUGGCGUACUCGCAUUGGACAAACAAUAGCACCAACGAAAAUCCUUAUCCAACGGAUACAUCGAAUAAAACAUACUCAAUAGAAUUUUGUGAGACCCUUGAAAAUAAAAUGGGUAAUGUGAUGCCAAUGGUCACCGAUCGCGUGAAUGAUGUGCUCCCGGCUUUUUCGGGAAAUCACUUUGAUCGCGCAUCUCCAAUAGCAAAUUUCAACUGCGAAAAUCAAUUCUAUAGAAAUGAAACCCCCGAAGUGCCUAACUGUGUGUGCCAGUACCUGAAAGAGGAAGUAAAGUGUUUGCGGAAUCAGAUUAAGGAUUUAAAUUCUCGCCACUACGAAGCCAUGGAAUCGGCUGAUACUCACUGGGUGGAGCUGGAGCGCCAGUACAAGGAUCGUGAAGAAGCGUACCGUGCCAAGGAGUGCUGCCUUAAGGCGAAAAUUCAAAAACUUCAGGACUGUCUGCGCGAUGACGCACGAGCGGCUAAUGAAAAGAUUUGUCAGUUGGAAGAGGCUGAGAGCGAUCUGAAGAACUGUCUUGUACGCGUCUCAAAAGAGCAUCGCGAUUUGCUAGAUGAUAACGAAUUCAUGCGUUGCGAAUACGAACGCCUGAAAGAACAGUUGGACGCGUUGAAGGCUCAACAAAAACCAACUCUUGAUCAACUCGAGCAAGAGAAGAAGCGCAAUAAGACUCUGAAUGAUGAGGUGAACUUCAUGCGAAAAUUGCAGGCAGAAACCGAGUGUAGGAACUUAGCCGAAAUGGAAUCUCUACAAGGACAACUGUUUGAAUUAAAAAAGGAAUUCCUACACAUUGAAGUGACGAACAGUGAGCUGAAAGAGGAAGUGGCAACUUUGGAACAGCAAGUUAUAAAAUUGCAACAUAGCGAGAAAGAUUUAGAAGACAAAACGCGAGUUCUCCAAGAUGAAGUCAAGAGCAAGGAGGAGAUGGUGCAGAAGUUAGAAAAACGACUGGAACGUUCAGAAGGGUAUAGUUUGGCACAAGAGCUCAGCGGCAGCCCUUCAAAGCGCUUCAAACGUGAAGACGUUAAGGAUUUGAAAACUGCUAGCACGGGCUUAGGGAAUGCAUUGCGUAAUUUCAAGGAAUGUGAAACAAGUCUACCCUCACACCAACAAUUCUCGAGUGUGGCACGAGAUGUAAAACGUUUGGCAGAUAGUCUUCUGCAUGGCGAUUCGCCCGACGAUGAGGUAAGCAUUACAAUAGAAAAUAUUAAAGAGAAACCCCAAGAGUCCGAAAGCACUAAGAUUCAGCUAUCAGCGGACGAUGUAAUCGCUGAGGAAAAUCUUGAAAUUCCCGAAAUAAAUAUUGAGCCAGAAGCAGAUGAAAAUAGUAAAGAGCCUUCACAUGGGCAAGAUUUGACGAUUGCAAUGGCUCUCAUGCCACAAUUCGUUAUUGACGAAUGUCUUAUGCCCAUUUUCAUGACCCCCAAAGAAAAACAAAUUUGUGCUAAGCAAAUUAGCGAGGUGCCUUCCGAGUUGCGUAUGCUUUCAGAUGGUGGUCGUCAGACCGCUAAAGUUUCCGAAACCUUUAAGCGACUUUCAUUAGUGACAUCGCAAAGAAAUCGAAAGAGGCGUAUUAAGCGCCGCGUUCUUCAAACCCGAGUUCGUCGUAUUGUAUCAUGUUUCAAUUCUCGUCGUCCCACAAGAUUCCACGAUGUAAUUGAUAUUGACAUCAGCCAAUCGGAGGUACUUCAACGUUUCGAUAGCUUCCAUUCCCUUCGCGAAGAUGCCGCGGAAUCGCAUCACAAAAUAGACGCCUUUACAGAAACAAAUUUCGACAAGUUCGAUAAAGAAACGGAAACUGAAGGUAUCUAUAUCGAGAGUAAAGAGAGCAGUGUGCAGGUGAAUGACGACAUGAAUCCCGAGAGAAUGCUCGAUUGCGUGCCUUCGCAGGCUCGUAUGUUCAUCAAUCUGCUGAAGUCUUCAGUCAUACACGAUGCUGUGGAGGUUUCCGAGUUCAAUAAGAACCUAAUAAAGCGUUGGGAAGCAGAUAAAGAGUUUCGCGACGGACUGGAAAUAUUGCAAACAUAUUCAGUUUUCGAUAGCAACAGCAACGAACAAGUAUCUGCCGAGAACUAUGAGCACUUUGUAAACGCAAUGUCGUGCUUGCAUGUCCUUGAGGAACUCUUCAAGCCGACUAAGGUGCCGAUCAUGCAACAAAUCGAAGAUCAAAUUAAUGAACAACUUAUGAACUUCCAUACCAAACGCAUGGAGUCGGAAUUCUAUUGCACCGUUUACUAUCCGGUAAAAAGAGAAAUUAACUCGGAAUCUACUAAUGAUUAUGAACUCUUCUGACAAAUCCAAUGUGAAUGCUAACGAUCAUUGUCGAUACCGUGGAUUUGAUCGCGGAUUCUUUACUAAUCGAACCAAUUUCUGAAAAAUUAAAAUCUGUUAAUAUCAAAUGUAUUUGGAAGUAUGUUUGUGUGUGUAAGACGAGUAUGUACCUAAUAGAGAUAGAGAUCUGUCUACAAAUUUGAUUACAACGAAAUAAUACGAAAAAUAGUAAGUUGUGGUGAAAAUCAGUAAUAAAUGAAUGUCUUAAAUGGUGGAAAUAUGGAA